AUGAGUUAUAAUCCGACCGAACCAUUACCUUAUGAUUCAUCGAGAAAUUGUCCCAUUUACAAUCCAUUUUCAUCAUCUUCCUACUCCAACGAAGAAGUAGAAGAAGAAGCUGUUGGAGAAAGUACACCAUUGAAGAAAGCUAGGAGGGUCGUAUCGUCAAAUUCGUUAUCGGCGUUUCUACAAAGAUCAAGAAAAGGUAGAAGGAAUGUGAGUACAAGUGGAAAUAGCAGAAGGUCAAGUCAAUGGUUGACUGGUGAUGAAAUAUACAACUCCUCCUACUCAUCUCCAUCGUCUUCUGAUUUAGAAAGUUUACCUGAUUUGACUGACGACGAUGUUGAUACUCCAGAAACAACACCAGUGAAACCAGGUCAUAAAUUUACAUUCUUAGAUACAAUCUCACCAGGAAAGAAACUUGUUUUCACGGACGAUGCCAUCACCACCACCACUACUGCUAAAAAGCAAGAGACACAUGCAUUUGAUAGAAAGAAGCAAACCAAAAUUUCCAUAUUUGACAUACCUGAACUUGUCCAUCGUAUUCUUUUAUAUGUUGAAGCACAGAAUGACUGCCAACCACACGAAGUCACUCCAAUCCGAAGAAAGCCGUUGAGUUAUAACCAUGCAUUGUUGAUUUAUGGAGAUAAGCAUCUGGCCCAACAAGCAAUGGCUGCAGAAGAUAAUGGACUAUCACAAAACAAUACCCACACAAGUCCUUUAUUCAAUUGCCUUCUUGUUAAUAAAUUAUUCAAUAAAAUUGCACGAGAGUUGCUUGCCACCAAGUUUUACUUUUCCAAUGAUGUUCAGUUUAGUAAAUAUGUCGAAACCACCACCACCCCAAGCACAUCUACAUUUCAAUUCCAACCACAGCUGUUUAGUCUCCAUAAACUAUUUCACACAAACCAACUUUUAUUCAACCAAGCAAUAAUCAACGUAAAUUUCCUUCAUCUCACUUCGUUUGAGUUGUUUAUGUGCCCCAAGAUAUAUCCAUCAUGGGAAAUAUUCCAAUCAUGCGGAUCAAAACUACAAUCUUUAAUAAUUACCGGAUCCAAAACGAUUGAUGACAAGUUCUGUUAUAUGGUGAGCCACUUUUGUCAUAAUUUAACCCAUUUGGACCUCCGUGCGUGUGAAUUAAUCACUGAUUCUGGAUUAUACCACAUUUUCAAAGCCAACUCCAACUUACAAUCGGUCAACAUUGGUCGCAAAAACAAAGGAUAUUUAAUCACUGAUGCUUCGAUUGCCGUUCUAGUUAGAAAUAAUUGCCAUUUACAUACAUUGGGACUUGCUGGUACAUAUAUUUCUGAUAUUAUGUUGUGGCAUAUUGGCCAAUUAAAGAAACUAGAGCGAUUAUCAUUAAAUAAUUGCCCCCGAUUGACCAAUUCUGGAGUUGCCAAUGUGUUGAAUCAUACCCGAUUUUUUCCUCAUUUGACGGUGUUGGAAUUGAGAUUUAAUUUACAAUUGACCGACUUGACUAGUUUAAUUCAUUUCAAAAAUAGAAAGAAUUAUCAAUACUAUCAUCAUCAUAAAGGAGUUGAUGAGCGUGCAGAUGGUAACAGUGAGUUGUUACUAGUUGAACUAUGUGAGACUCUCAUGUAUAGAAUGAGACGCCAAGAGUUGGAUUUAGAUAAAUUAAUCUCCAGCAAGAUCAUGAAUGAUAUUUUGUAUUGGAUUAACGAUCGAUGGGAAAGUGAUGGUGAUUUGCCAUACAUGGAAUUGUUAAAUAGCAGAAAGAGAAAGCGCCAAUAG